GGCUGGGGCUACAACUCGGAGCCGCGGUGCAAAGGACGGGGUGCGAGGCGCUGCAGCCGGUGCCCGCAGCCCUGGGCCGGGCCCACUAGCUGACCGCGGCCGGUCAACCUGGAGGCUGCGUCGCCCGGAGCUAGCCCCCAGCGGCUCGGCUCCGCGCCCGAGAGUCCAGCAUGGACCACCUGAUCCUGUGGACACUGCUGCUUCUGUGCCCCGCAGCCCAGGUUCAGGGCUGUCCAUCAGGCUGCCAAUGCACCCAGCCACAAGUUGUGUUCUGUGCGGCCCGGAGAAGCCACGUCGUCCCAAGUGGCCUGCCACCGGACACGGCCUACCUGUACGCCUUUGAGAACGGCAUCACCUCGCUCCACGACGACAGCUUCCGGGGCCUCCCAGCACUGCAGCAGCUGGACCUCUCCCAGAACAAGAUUUCCAGCCUCCAGAGGAAUGUCUUCCAGCCACUCACCAACCUUGUCAACUUGGAUCUGUCAUCCAACCAGCUGCGUGAGAUCACCAACGAAACCUUCCAUGGGCUGCGCCUGCUGGAGCGCCUCUACCUGGACCGGAACCGAAUCCAGCGCAUCCACCCGGCUGCCUUGGACACGCUGGAGAACCUGCUGGAGCUGAAGCUCCAGAACAAUCAGCUACGUUCGGUUCCUCCACUGAACCUUCCCAAGCUCCUGCUGCUAGACAUAAGCCACAACAGCAUUGCCAUCCUCGAAGCUGGGGCCUUUCGCACGGUGAACAUAGAGUCUCUCAAGAUCGCAGGGCUGGGGCUGAGCAGCUUGGAUGAGGAGCUUUUUCAGAACUUGAACAACCUCCACGAGCUGGACGUCUCGGACAACUCACUGGGCAGAGUCCCGGAGGUGCUCCGGCGGCUCCGGGGUCUCACCAGGCUCAGCCUGGCUGGGAACACCCAAAUCGCUCAGCUGCAGGCGGAGGAUUUCGGGGAGCUGCCCAACCUCCAAGAGCUGGACAUGAGCAACCUCAACCUCAACACCAUCCCCCAGGACUUCUUCAGCGUCUUCCCCAGGCUCCGGGCCAUCACCGCAGCCGAGAAUCCAUUCAACUGCCUCUGCCAGCUGAGCUGGUUUGGGCGCUGGCUACACACCAGCCAUGUCACGCUCAGGAGGUCCGACGAGACAAGGUGCCACUUCCCUCCCAAGAACGCUGCUAAGCUCCUCCAGCACCUGGAAUAUGCAGACUUCGGCUGUCCUGCCACCCCAACCCCCACCCCCACCCUGAGAACCACCUCCCUGCAGCCGGCCGUGCUUCUCACCAGCAGCGGGCACUCUGCGCUGGAGCCCAGCCUUGCUGCUUCCACUCAUGAGCCCGCGCCCCAGCAGGACAGCUCUACUCGCACGCCACACACGGCUGCGCAGGGGCCAACUAGCCCCGAGAUGCAGAUCUGCCCUCCCCGGACAUGCUUAAACGGGGGCACCUGCCAGCUAGACGCGCACAACCACCUGGAGUGCCAGUGCCCCAACGGCUUCUCGGGCUUGUACUGCGAAGCCGAGAUCCAGAGAACAACCCUGCCCCCUAUCACCCAAGCGCCCACGCAGAGCAAGCAAAUCAGUGUUAAGCAGGUCAGCAGCACCUCACUGACGGUGGACUUAAAAAACUAUCAACAGGCCAAAGAUCAGCUGAAGGGCAUCCGCCUGACCUACCGCAACCUGUCCGGGCCCGACAAGCGGCCGGUCACGCUCAGCCUGCCGACGUCGCUCUCCGAAUACACGGUACGCGCGCUGAGACCGAACUCCACCUACCGCCUCUGCACUGGGCCGCUGGGGGAGAAGCCCUCAGAAGGGGAGUUCUGCAUCGAGGCCCACACUGCUGUGCAGGGGACUCACCAGCAGCACCUACCCGUCACCCAGAGCAAAGACAGCAACCUGACACUCAUGAUCGUGCCAGCGCUGGCUGCUGUGCUGCUGCUGGUGAUUGCUGUGACAGCAGUCACGUACUAUCUCCGGCACCGACGGGCUAAGGCACAUGCCAAUGCCGGGGUGGACUCCAGCCCUCUGGAGCUGGAAGGGGUGAAAACGUGUCUGGAAAACAGAGACUUAGCGACCCACAGUCAAAAGCUGCCAGAGAACGUGGUGGUGCUGAAUGGCUUAGAAUGCGACGUCCCCCUGAUGCACCAACGCUACCCCAGUAACAACAACAGCCCAGCGGUCAAGCCGUCCUAUUUCUAGAGCACAAGAGGGACCAUGAGAGAGUCGCCAUUCACAAAUUCCAGAGCCUGGAUGGAUGGGAUACGGGCUGACCGUUGUUAGUACCCAGGGUACGUUCCGCAUGGGACAAAGGACAUCGAGGGUUAACUUAAAUUAAGACAAAACCUCACAUAAUGUGCAAUUUUCCUAGAGGCUUAGGCUUAGGAAGUAGACACUGUAAUUUAUCUGCUCAGCACAUGACUAAGUGCCUGCAUUUCCCUGGCUGCCCUGCUAUGUGUGUAGAGAGAAGGUUUUUAGCCACUGCUACAGAGAAAGAUGUGUGACUUAGUUAAGAGGCCUCAGUGUGCUGGUAACAAAAGCUCCUUUAGCUAAGUGCUGCCCCGGAUAACAGACUCCUCUGUAGUUCUACCUGAAAAGCAAUAAAGGAAGGAAAAAACCCAACACACACAGCCAGAGGUGCAGGGACUCUUGGACUUACUCCCCCAGUGCGUUGAAGGAAAAAACCACCGGGGAAUUAAAGCUUUAAGAACUUUUAGAGAAUAUUUAUACAUGGUUAUUUCCCAUUUCUUCUGGGAAAGCUCUUUUCUAACACAGAUCUGUGUCCUUUUGUUUUGUAAAAUAGAUGAAGGAGGAUGCUUUUUGUACAAAAAUAAAAUCUUUUGUACAGCG